AUGUCGAAUCGACGAACUUCGAGCGAUCGGCCUCGAGGCUGGUCGCAAGAGUCUGGCAGUUCUCAAGAUGAAGUCAUCGUCUACCAGGGCAACCGCAUGGCCAAACUACCGGAGCGACAGCCUACUGUCCCACCUAGUGGGCAGAGUGCUCAGAAAGACGAAGGAUUUGCGCGAUUCCUCAAGAAACACUCUUCUCCUACGCACCAACGUGUCACUACUGGUGGCCGUAUCGUGCCCAUGGAACAGCGUCCUCCAUUCUUCUCUCUGCAACAUCCAAGCCAAGACCCAGAGGACCAGAAGAAGAGCGUACAUGAGGAAGCCAAAGCCACUACAAAGCCAACAGCUGCGGGCCUCGAUCAAGCAAAACCAGGUGUACCAGGCAAUAGCAUCCUACAACCCCAGCCUCAGCCGUUCAUGCCGGUCAGCAAUGGGGUCAUGGACGCCGCCACGUUCGCCGCCGGCACCGAACCCACCGUGGUUGCUUCAACCAUCCCUCUCGGUUUUGAUGCUAUUCGCGUGCAGCCAAAUUAUUUACAAGCCGUGACUGCUUCUCCCUUCUAUGCGGGCAUGCCUGGAGAUCCGUACAGCUUGAUGCCGGUGCCUUCUCAAAUGUAUCCAGGGAGUGCGGUACCAUUCGCUGGCUUCAACGGUGGCGUCGGUCCGACUUUCUCUAUGCCUUUUAUCCCAAACCCUCAGGUGAUGGGCUUUCCGCCUUCCUGCGGCAUCACGACUACUCCUACCGUUCCUCAACUUCCAAGUGGUUCCUUUGAUGAGCACAUGCUCAACGAAUCAAUUGAGCUUUUUCAAAACCUCGGAGAACAGCUCAAGGCCCUUGACCGUCAUCGGGCUAUGAACGAUCGGGAUCCCUACGUUGUAGAUCAGCGGAAGGCCAUUGUUCAGCUGCGUGCCGAAGCCAAAAACCAGAUCACCUACUGGUCAGAAAAACUGGGACAAGACCCUCAUGCCAUGCCAAAGAACUCAAGCGGUGCUCCGAAUGGCAAGCUAAAUGUGCAGGCUACUUCGUACGUUCCACUACGGGUUGAUCAGGCUGCGGAGACAUUGCCCGACACCCGUGGAAGCAGCUUGAAACCCAAGGGCAUUAGCCAAGGGCACGCAAAGCCUGAUUUCGUGGUCGACAGCACUCGUCGCCCGAUCCCAAUCGUGCCUCCUCCAGAGAAACUGUCAACUGUGCAGGGAGAUGGCAGAGACGGUGGUUCGAAGAGCGAAUCGGUUGAGGUUGACGAAUGGGGUGUCCGUGUUGGUCCAGCGCCACCUGAGAUCCAACGCCAGCAGAACGAGAUGUUGAGGGAAAUCGUCCGUCAAGCCAGCAUCUCCCCUCUGGGCUCGAGUGAAAAUGCGAUCGUGUUCACUCCCCAAGGCUCUCAUGUGAUCACUCCCACGAUACAACCUCACGAGACCAAAGAGGCCAGGACGAACACUGAUUCCGGGACGAGCGACUGGUUGCCCACCAAUCCAGGCCGUGCUCCGCCGACUGUGGAAGCAUGCUAUGAGGUCCAGCUUGACGCGAUGCGACUUCCCAUCGGUGUGGUCACAAAAGUUCGACUGCCUGACGGGACUAUCAUCGAAGUGCGUGGUUGUGGCUUGAAGCGCCCACCAUCCUUCGAGAUGGACGAGUUCGAACAGCGCUACUGGACCACCAAGCCAAAGGUGACCAAAGAGAUGUUUGAGAACUUUGUCGAAGUGCGUGCUGAUGGUGGCAAUGAUGCUCCCGCCGACAUCGCUACUUAUUGUGAGUUCAUGGGCUUGGAAAGCAGCAGCGUCCACAUGGGCAAAUCCGACACCUCAGACAAACAAAGCAGCGAAUCCAUGCAUGCGACGAAGGAUUUGACCAAUGCUCAAGACAUGCUGCGCGAGAUUAGCGGCCGUGGGUAUAGCUCCACGAUCGAAAAGUCAAAUGGCUCUGGACCAAGAUUGUCAUCCUUGAAACUGUCCUCUGCGUCUUCACCGCCGAUAUGGUCGCGGGCGGAUGACAAGGUUGGCUGGUUCGCAAACGAGCAUCCGAGAAGCGGCCGUCUGACCGGAUCGGAAACCCAUAGCAGCAAAGGCAUCUCCUCGGUCUCGGUCCAGAAAUUCCACGCAAUGGGCCGGCUUCCACAUGUGGAUGGUCCGAGCGACGGGCAGAGGGUGUCGGCAGUGUCAAUGCUUGCUGCGGCCAACAAAGCUGUCAGUCCCCAGCCGGCGCCACGAUCGGUUCCAUCUUCGGAAAGCGUCUAUGGAUCAUACGGUCAGGAGGAUCGUGGUGUCUCAGUCGUAAGCGACGACGUCUUUCGAACCCGAAUGCGUCAAGAAGAGAGCAUGUAA